AUGUUCCUUUUUUUGCUGACGAAAUUAGAGUGUCUUCGCUUGAUUUUCUUGUUAAUACUUGUUGUGAUUUCUCAGUUUCUACAGGUUGUUGAGAUAGUCUCGGUCAUUUUUGUAUUGGGAUUGCUCAGUCUGAAGGCAGUAGAAUGCCGAAACCAGCAUAGACGUCCUGAAUUGUUUCAGUACCCUGCAAUAAAUUGUCGAAAGCAUAGUGCACUUCUGACGGAUUUUGGUGGCAAGGGCGAUGGAAAAACGUCGAACACAGCGGCUUUUCGAUCGGCGAUUCUUCGCUUGAGCCAGUUUGCAUCGGAUGGAGGAGCACAACUCAUUGUACCACCAGGAAAAUGGCUCACUGGGAGCUUCAAUCUGACCAGCCAUUUCACUCUAUAUAUUCAGAAAGAUGCUACUCUUCUUGCAAGUCAGGAUGAGUCAGAAUGGCCUCUUAUUGUGCCAUUGCCAUCUUAUGGCAGAGGAAGAGAUGCCCCUGGAGGAAGGUUUAGCAGUCUUAUUUUCGGAACAAAUCUCACUGAUGUAGUUAUUACAGGUGGUAAUGGCACCAUUAAUGGCCAGGGUGCAUACUGGUGGACGAAAUUCAAGAGCAACAAACUGAAGAGCACCAGGCCUUACCUGAUUGAGAUCAUGUACUCCGAUCAGGUCCAGAUAUCUGACCUCACAUUGAUCGACUCUCCAUCGUGGAACGUCCACCCCGUCUACAGCAGGGAUGUGAUCAUAAAAGGGUUGACAAUCCUUGCACCAACUCAAUCUCCUAAUACUGAUGGGAUAAAUCCGGAUUCAUGCUCAAACAUCCGAAUUGAAGAUAAUUACAUAGUCUCAGGGGAUGACUGUAUUGCAGUAAAAAGUGGUUGGGACCAAUAUGGGAUAAAAUUUGGAAUGCCAACACAGCAUCUAAGCAUCAGAAGGCUCACCUGCAUUUCCCCGUAUAGUGCUGCAAUCGCUCUUGGCAGUGAGAUGUCCGGUGGCAUUCAAGAUGUUCGAGCUGAGGACAUUACAGCCAUCAAUACUGAAUCAGGUGUAAGAAUCAAAACUGCCCCGGGAAGGGGAGCUUUCGUGAAAGACAUCUACGUAAAAGGAGUGAGAAUGAAUACCAUGAAGUACGUUUUUUGGAUGUCUGGAGCUUAUGGAUCACACCCUGAUAAUGGUUAUGAUCCAAAAGCACUUCCUGUCAUUCGGAAUAUAAAUUACAGGGACAUGGUAGCUCAGAAUGUUACCAUUGCAGGCAACCUUGCUGGAAUAAAUGGCGAUCCCUUUACCGAAAUCUGCAUUUCGAAUGCAACUAUAGAGAUGCGGAAAGAAUCAAAGAAAUUGCCAUGGAACUGUACUGACAUCAGUGGUGUUACAAGCCGGGUGAGUCCUCAGCCAUGUGGUCUGUUGCCUGAUCAAAAACCAAGCAGUGACUGUGCUUUCCCUAAUGAUAGGCUGGCCAUCGAUGAUGUUCCAUUGAAGAUUUGUUCGGGUGGUAGCUCCUACAUAUGA